AUGAAUACAGAAAUAAUCCCAAAAACAGAGACGGAGUACAAAGUAAUGGUUGAGGCCAGAGAAAGAGUUGGAAUCCCAGCCACCUUCAUAUCAUUCAAAAGAUCACAAAGAAUGGUACACCCAAGAUACGCAUUAUUGAAAAUAGAAAACGUCACCAGCAAAGAGCAGGCUGAAAAAUACAUUGGAAGAGCUGUUGAGAUGUACAUUCCAAAGACGAAAGUACAGCUGUCUGGAUACAAGGAGAGAGUAGUUAUGGGAUACGUUCACAGAGUUCACGGAAAUUCUGGAAUUGUCAGAGCUAGAUUUGAGAAGAACCUGUGCCCAAAAUUCAUAGGAACCCACGUGUACGUGCAGUUAUACAAGGCUAACCCAAAUUACUUCCAAAAAGACUAA